AUGUUCAACGCCCUCCGCGCCUGCUCGCGCCAGCCCUCGUCAUCGCCAUGGGUCACACAGCUCAGAUAUACUUCAAUGAAGAGAAGUGGUUCUCCUUUGGCUACUGCCCUGUCCAAAGCACAUGGAAUCGCACCAAAGCGUCCUACGAGACAGCCAACCGCAGAGCCACCUCAGGCCGGUGAGGACGGCUACGCGAAACCGGUCCCUCAACAACAAGAAACAACUCGAAAGAAGGAGGAAGUCCGACUCCGUCUCCAUUGUCAUUCCAGCCCAAACAACACGAUAACCACCCUUACGAAGCAAGACGGUUCCACCAUUGCCUGGUUCUCGGGCGGUUCGUGUGGUUUCAAGAAGGGAAACCGCGCGACAUACGAAGCUGGCUACCAGUGUGCCGUCCGUUCGUUCAGGAAAAUAGAAGAAAUCAAGAACCAGAUUGUUUCCGAAAGCAAGAAAAAUGUCGUGGUGGACCUGUUCUUCAAAGGGUUUGGGCAGGGACGCGAUGCGUUGAGAGGAGCUUUGCUGGCGACGGAGGGUGAGCAAAUCCGGCCACUGGUUGCAACCAUUACGGAUAGGACACCAAUCAAGAUUGGUGGUACUCGUGCAAAGAAAAUGCCACGUCUAUAG